GCUCAGAGGGCAGUUCGGGUUUGUGUUUAGAGCAGCUUUGACAAUUUGCUUCCGUGCCUGACUGCCAUUCAUUGCAAAGAACUAAAAGGACCACCAUGGGUGAAGUUCGGAUUGUACCAAGCGGAAAAGUCUACAGGCAAAUCUUUGAUGCCGAGGUCCAGCUUGUCUGCACAUUGGGGGAAGUAAGAAGGAAAUCCUUGCACCGUGAAGUUGGCUCUGAAUAUGCCAAGAUUCCCGUCGUCAGAGCUGUUGACAAAAGCGAAGGAUUCCUCACCCGACGUCAGCGUUCAUGGGCGGAGGGAAUGCAAAAUGAUAAUGAAACUGAAAAUCCAGUGGUGUACAAACGUUUGAAAGAAGAUGAGCAAUCUGUUGAAUCUGCAAGUUGGCUGAGCCAAACAGAGGAUGUUGUUGCUCUUCCAAAUGAUGUGGUUUCUGGAAAAAUAGGUGGGAAUCUUAUCCAAAUGAUCUCUGAGAAUAAACAGGAACAACACCUGGCAGCGGAAGCAAAGUUAUAUGAAGAACUGGCUAUAAUUAGUGAGGAAUUGGAGCAGUUGUAUUUGGAAGCUGGAGACAAUCUACACCAGCAGGUGGAGGAGUCUCGACAGAGAACUCAGGAACUGUUUUCAGAGAUAGAAAACGGUGAUUUGGGCACAACAGAACUUCAGGAAUUGAAUACCAUAGGGGACAAUAUUAGUAAUCUGUCACAGAAAAGGAAUGUGGGGAUCAAAAAACUUUUUGAAAGCUACCAGAAGUUUGAAGAAGAAAGAGUGAAGCGGUCUACUGAUGCACUUAAAGAGUGCACCAUCACUAUGGAGAAGAUUUCCUACUUAAUGAAGCCUGAUGUUCAUCGUUAUAUAGACAAAGAAGCCAUGAUGAUCAACCAGGCCUUGCUGGCGAAUCAGAGAGCCUUGUAUAAACUGUAUGUUAAUCUGAUUGAGUCUGGACUAUCAAUGGAAAUGUCGGAUCGUUUGCAGUGGAAGUAUAAAGAAGAUGAAAUGAAAGUCAUUGAGAGAGACAGAAUUAUUCAGAAAUUCACAGAUUAUGUAGGGAAGGAUUGGGGUCUUGAAUUUACACCAAACCAAACUUUGUUCAAUGAAGAACAGAAGUCACUGAACGACACACGGAUUGAAAUUCUAGAGAGUCUGGGUAACAUGAUUCCUCCUACGUUUAGUAAAGUCACAGUCAUCCAGAAACACACUUUGAUCAAGAUUCUAAAUGAGAAAAUAGAAUUACUGAAUUCAGCAUUUAUCCAGCAAUUUCAAACAUAUUUUGAAAAAGUAUAUCGACAAUGGAUGGAAGAAAUUGAAAAAUGGAAGCAGAAAAUGUUGCAGGCAAAUAUAUGUUCACCAGAAGAAAACGAAGAAUUGAUUAUUUCAGAAUUCUUUCCAAAGAUUGGGGCUUCGCAACGGAAAUUUGAGGAAGAACAAUGGACCAUGGAUCAAAAAAUGGAGGAAGCAACCAAGAGGGUAAAUACUCGAUGCAAUAAGUUCUUUCAAUAUUGCCAAAAAGUAGUCAACCUAUGGGAAGUGCAUCUGACUCUCCUAACGGGCCAGGAGGAUGAACUGAAACAAAACUUGGACAAGUGCCGUGCCUUACAUGAUGAGGAAAUUCAGAGAAAGGAAGCACAUCUAGAUCUUGCUGUUGAUAAACUGAGACAGAAAAACACAGAAAACGAAUUGAUCUCAAGUCUUGCGACUACCGAGUGCCUACUGGAUAAUAUCAAAAAAGAGUACAAUGAGUUUUACCACAAACAAAUGGAGUUGGUGGAGAAUUACAUUUCCAUCACCGAAAAUGAACUAGACAAAUAUAAAGUAUCCCUCUGUAAUUGUUUUCACAUCAUUGAGACUUCUAAUCUGAAAGAAAAAAUGGAGGAAGAAUCAGUCCCAUCAGAGUUUGAGGCAGUCGUUCAUACUGAAGAUCUCACCCUUGAAACAGUUGACCAGAAGCAGAAGGUUCCUCAGCCUGAUAGGAGUGAUAUUCUCCAGGCAGACUCGAAUCAAUCUCAGAACAUCAACAGGCAACCACCUGAGAGAGAAAUUGUCACAGAGAGAACUGGCUUUGAAGAACAAAGUCUCAAUUCACAAGAAAUUAAUCAAAGCCCAAAUUUGAUGAUACUUGAGCAUUUUACCACCUCCAGAGGGCAUACGUACGCAAUUUAUGUUGUGCCAAAAAUACCUGAGCAGAUUUCGAAGAAGGUAUUUCUGAUUGAACCUGACGAAGACGUGGAGGAGAAGCAGCAGCAGGAGGGGGAGGAUGAUGAUGAUGAUGAGGAGGAGGAGGAGGAGGAGGAGCCCCUUGCAUGUGUGAAGAAUAUCCUGAUUUCCAAAGAAAUGUUUUCCAAAAUAAAGAAAAGAAUAUGUUUUAAUUUGUUUGAACACUUUGAGGACUGGUACGAGAUAGCGCUGGAAAAUGCCAGGACAAUUAUAAUGGGCCAGAAUGAAGAAUUCAAAGGGGAGUUGGAGCUGCGACUUCACCUGCACGAGCCUAGGGUCAAACGUAUCAAGAUGGAUGUACUCAAUGUCAGAGCUGCGGAACUUCGCUUGCACAAGGAGAAGGUGAAACGGCAUUGUAAAGGGGUUGAGGAGUCUCUUACAAAAUUGCAAGCUGAUUUUCUAAUCCUCAAAUCAGAGCAUUGCAAAUUCAUUGUGAACUUCCGGCGAAACAUAUAUAGCAUGGAGACCAUUUUCAGAAAUGCCACAAAGUCUGACAGGCUGAUCACGAUGGUAAACUCCCUACAUUCCAAACUGGACAAACACAUGACUGCUGUGAGGAUGUCACUCCGCAACUUUCAGCAGAAGCUGGAAAAAACACUGCAGGAAUUGCGUGAUCGUAAUGCGCUCUGCAUGACAUCCUUCAGGUUAUUUUCGAAAGGUGGAAACUUUACACCAGAGGAAAUUGAGAUCUAUGGACAAAGUCUUGAGAACACAGCCAGAAACAUUGCCAAAACAGAAGGAUUAAUCCUGGUGGAUUUGGAAGUAAUGGAAACAUUGUCAUUAGAACAGGCAUCUGAGGUGAUCAGAAAGUUUGAAGACAAAUUUUUUCGUCUCACAAUGGAUUUGAUCUUCAUUGAGAAAAUUCAGCGGUUUCUGACAAACACUCAAGCAAGAAUAAAAUCUGAGGUAGCGAUCAGCAAUCACCAGGGAAUGAAUAUAUCUUCCUACCUGGAGCAUUUUGAGAGGAAAUUAGAUGCAUGUAUGCGACCAAACAUGGAUAAAGAGAGUGUGACACCUGAAGAGCUGUAUGACUUUUCCAAAAUUAUUCUGGACUUACUGGAUAAAAGGAGCAGGUAUCUCAAUUGUUUGUUGGGCCCAACCGUUUCAGGCUUUCCACUGCAGGGACCCAUAAGUCUAGCAGCCCGCGCUGAUAAACAGGAGAGCAGAUUGACAUUCACACAAUCAGAGAGCCUGCUGCAUCCAUCUAGGAUGGGAAAGCAUGCCCUAGAUGAUGUGGUCAUCAGUGUUAUCCACGACAUUACACAAACACAGAAAAUAAAAGUCGCAAAUGAUCAGUUUUUCAACCCAGUUGAAGACCAAUUAAUGUACGGAGCAUCAUCUCAACCAGUAAAUUUGAGUUCUUCUUUCCGAAUGACCUCUGGAACCGGUCCUCACGGUUUAAACUUAAAAUUAUCCAGACCUGCUCCAUCACCAUUCUCUAUUACAUCAACAAAUCUCCAUAAAUAUUCCAAGCCAAAUCGUUUUGAUCCAAAGUAUCAGAUAUUUGGAGAAAAACCAGAAGACUCUGAACAUUUUAAAGGCCUGAUAAGACGGAUUUUGUGGGAAGGCACCACUUCUCUACUGGCACUUGCUGAGGAAUACUACAAAAAGAAAGACAGAACUCCAGUCACCAGACCAGAAUAUCUAAAAGAUACAUUUGAACAAUGUGCAGAUGAACUCCUUCACAAAAUGCAGUCGUACCUUAUUCAGGCAGAGAACUACCAAAAUACUUGUCUGCAAGAAUUCAGAGAGAAGCUGAGAGAAUUCGUGGAGAUGCUCUCCCACGUACCUCAGCUGCUGAUCAAAGAUGUCUUCAAGUUUCACAUGGAAAGUAUCUCUGUAGGUACUGCAGAGACUCGCUCCGCAUUGAGUAAGAAGCUGGAGGAACUGGAGCAUGCAAAGCUUAUAAACAAGAACAAGUUACGCCCAGUGUUGGGACACCCUGACCACGUUAAGGAUCUGGAGAAGCUGUGCACACAGGAGGAAGAACGACAAAAAGCAGAGGUUCAGGAAAUCAACAGCUACACUGAGAAGCUCCAGAAGCGGGUAACUGUACUUGCCCAGCACUUUGUGUCUGCCCUGUCCAGUCUCGCUGAACGCCUCCUUGUGGAAUCAGACAAUAUCCUUACCAUUGAUGACAUCCAGGUUGGCAGAAGAGAAGAAGUGAAGCAAAAGACCAGUGCUUUAAUUCGAAUCAAAAUUGCUGGGCACACACCAGAAGACGAUAUUCAUCAGCCACAAGUUCAGCUGCCACGGGAUGGCAGGAUUUGGAAAGGAAUUCCAUUCUCUGAGCUUUCACACAAGCAGAUACAGACUUCGAUUAAAGAGACUGCCUCUGUGAAAACCACAAAAACAACCAUGGUUCAUCAAGCUGCAGUAGAUGCAAGAAAUGAUGCUUAUUUGAACUACAAAGAUCACUUCAUUCAACUGCUUGCACAAAUAGAACAGGAUAGAGAGGCAAAACUGACCAGUGCCAGACGAUGGCAAGAUUUCUGGAAAGAAUGCGUGCAGAAGGCUAAGCAACUGUACACCUGAUCAUAGAACAGUGUGAUCAUGGAACAGUUCGAAACUUAUUGUUAACCAAUUUUUAGUUGCUUCAUUUAAUAAA